AAUGCUUGAAUUUGUUUUUAUUUCUUAGGUAUGAGAAGUGACGAGCAAUGCGCGACGCGCCUCAAUCAAUUAGUAUCCGAGCUACCGGAACAUCAUCGUAGCACAUUAUGCCAUUUGAUGGCGCACUUUUGUCGCAUCUGUCAGUUGCAGCACGGAAGGGGCUACACGGAACCGCCAACCAUCCUCGUGCAAGUGCUCUGCCACAUAUUUCUCAGGCCGCCCUGGGAGCGAAUCAUCCAAGUUGUCCACAACACGGAGGCACAUAUACGCAUAAUGGAAUUGCUGUUGUUGCAUGGCGAUUGGAACGAGAAGCUACCGGAGUUUGCCAGUCCCCCUCAAUUGCCCCCGCGUAAAGUUUCGAGACCGCAGUUUCCAAUUUUGGACCAACUCUCGAUUCUAGAAGGCGAUGCCGUAGACAGAACGGCACCUGGCGCAGAUACUGGCAAGGACCAACAACCACACAGGCCGCGCACGCUUCAAGAGGCCGAAUGGUAUUGGGGUGACAUCACGAGGGAUGAUGUGAACGAGAUGAUGAUUGAUUCACCGGACGGCACCUUUCUGGUACGCAAUGCGUCUUCCAAGUGCGGCGAGUAUACUCUGACACUACGUAAGGGCGGGACCAACAAACUUAUUAAGAUCAGCCAUCGAAAUGGGAAAUAUGGAUUCUCGGAUCCUUAUAAUUUCCAUUCGGUCAUCGAGCUGGUCGACUAUUAUAGGAACUGCUCGCUCGCACAGUACAACUCCGUGCUGGAUAUUAAGCUACUCUACCCUGUAUCGCGAUUUCAGCAGGAAGAUGAAAUCGCGAAUACGACCGACAUGGCAAAAGUCCUGCAAAAAUUUCUUGAAUUGGAGAAAGAAGUAAAUGACGGUAUCCGGCAGUACCACCAUUGUUGGGACUUAUACACCAGAACAGCCAAUGAAGUUGGGCUAAAGAUUCAGGCGUUGGAAGCCUUUGAGGAAGCCAUCAAGAUGUUUGAAGAACAGAUAAAGUUACAAGAGAGAUUCCAGAAGGAGGCUCAGCCUCACGAGAUUUCCACUUUAAUGGAUAAUUCGGAGUUGCUGAAACGAAGACUAAAGGCCUUAAAAGACAGCAGAGAUCAAUUACAGGAGAGCACGAACCAACAAGUUGCCUACAACAGAACCCUUGAAAGAGAAACGUGCAGGUUGAAGUCGGAAACUGGACAACUCGCGCGGCAAAGGGAUCGCUAUGCUUUAUGGUUAAAGAAAAACGGGAUGAAACAGAACAAGAUGGACUUUGCGGUCCAUUCUGACGAAAAAACGUGGCUCUACCUACAGGGUUCUCGUCCCGAUGCUGAUCAUAUUCUGAAGGGCCGACCCGACGGUACUUUCCUUGUUCGUCGAUCAAGAACGGGCCAGUACGCGCUCUCCAUAGUGUGCAAUGGCACGGUGCAACACUGCAUAAUAUACGGCACUGAGCGUGGCUAUGGUUUUGCCGAGCCUUAUAACAUUCACGAGAGCCUGAAACAUCUGGUGCUGCACUAUGCCCAGAACUCCUUAGAGGAGCACAACGAGUGCCUAACCACCACCUUGGCCUAUCCGGCGUUUGCGCCACCCGCGGCGCUCGCGCAACUACAAUCCCAACAGAAGCAAUUGCAGAUUUACACCCAAAACCAAACGCCGUUUGCGCGAUUAUCCCACGAGAAUCAGCUUCUCAUGCCGCAUACGUAAUAUUUGCAUGCUGAUUAGCAUCGCGAUCAGGAUCCGAUCGAGUUCGAGUAUGUUCACGCAGAUGUGAAUUCUGCUACUACAAGCAUCAUUCGCCGACACGAUCGGCGAAUCCGAUCGGAUCACGCAAGCCUUCCUUGACGAGUUUGAACAUGUUUCGCUGCGAAACAGAAUGUUCCUUCGUUCGGGAACAUUUUUCAAAACCGCGUACAAUAAUUAUGCACAUAGUCAGAGGAAACAAUAUCUCGCGCGAAUCGACAUCAUAAAAGCGCGCAAUCGAAAGCGUGCAAUCGAAAGCGUGCAACUGGAUGCUUGAUUAUCAUCGAACGAUAGGUAGAUAAGUCACGAGGUCUAUGAAAACACCUUCGACAAAACGUAUUUAAUAGCCGCAACAGUAAUAAUCAUAAGAACUACUAGCGAUAGAAUUAGGUGUACACGCGUUAUCGUGGUAACGAUCGCUUUGACUAACGCAGAGGUUUCCAAACGGCACGUCACGACAUCCUUGAAAAGAUACGGUUUUUAUCCGAAAAGACGUAAAAAUAAGAGAUAAGCAAGUCUUCUUCCAUAUCCGAGAUGUUUUACAAUGAAUUAAAAAACUUGAAAGGUAAUUCCGGAAAAUUGUAUCGUGUCUUUAUAUCAGCAGCGGUUUUUUAAGUAUGAUUAAAUAUUCGAAUAUUUUUUUCAAUUAGGAUUUAGAGAUGAUACGAGAAUGUUAAGUUAAAAGUAGUUGACUGCUUGAGUUUUAUAAAUAAAGAUGAACAAACGUAAGAGAGAGAGAGAGAGAGAGAGAGAGAUCAAGGAUUGACUUUAUUUGUGGAAUAUUUGACAAAUAACAAUUAGAUGUUUCGCAUAUCCAUGCUUCUUUAUUUCAACACACAGAGCAAACGCGAAAAGAAUAUCAGUUUUGAAGAAUCGUAAACCAAAAAAGUUUGGGAACCUCUGAGACUUAACAGGACCAACAAUACCAACGACAGAUAUCACCAACGCUCCCUCAGGAUUUGCAUAAUGCGGAGAGCUCUGUCGAAGGUUUACGCGGAGAUUACAGCGGUAUUAUGACGCGAUAUUACCGCCACCGAUUUUAUUCUCCGGCAAAAUAUGUUUUUAAUCUUGACGCUCGUCAUCGCGCAGAAUUGAUCCGCUCGGAAGCAUCGGAAUUAUAAGGACGCAUUGUCGUUUCGGCGACCGGGAUAGCGAGACUCGUUUCAUUCACGUAGAUUUUAUCGUUCAGAUAAUCAGGGUAGCCAUAUCUGUAUGACCGUCUAGCCCUUAAUAGCCUGAAUCAUUUUCAGAAGCUAAUUAGCUCUUAUCAAGCAGCAAUAUAGUUUUAAAUUUAGUUUUGAGUUAGUAAUUCAUUAUCACUCGAUUUUAUAUAGGAUUGAUUGUAUCAAUUCUACAUGGUUUAAAUCACACCAUUAAAUAAAAGAUAAUUAAAGAUAGAGAAAAGAUAAUAUAAAAGCACCCAACGAAUUAUUUAUGAAAAUCUAACAUUUUUGCUAUUAUAGCUUCUUUAUAUAAUAAGUCGAAGCUAUUAUAGUACUCAUUUACGCUACUACAAUAUUUAUACUAUUGUAAAUAACGUUUAAUACGUUAAUGCAUUUUUGAUGGAAGAUUCACAAUGAUAAAUCACAUAAUUUUUUGUGCAAUAAAUUAUUUUAGUUUACAUAU